UCAUAAACUUGUAACUAUUCCACUCAACGGAAAGCUACCCGCCAUUCAGUUUUUGCGCAAACGUGGGACCAACCAGUCCUAAGCCUGAUAGCCGCUGGCAUUUUCGCAAUUAGAGUCACAUUUGAAAUUGUUGAAAGCUAACAUCGGAUUUUAGUUACAGCUGGAAUACGGGUUGUUAUAGCUGACUUUCGAAAGCGCUAGCCAUAAAUUUUCCGAAGAUGACAACAGCCACUUUCAAAAUAAACAAUGUUUCCUAUACGGUGAAUCUUUCGUCGCUGGCACCUGAUAUAACUCUGAAUACAUUCAUUAGAGAUCAUGCUCAACUGACCGCUACGAAAUUUAUGUGCCUUGAGGGAGGAUGUGGAGCUUGUGUGGUAGCCGUUAAAGGAAAGCAUCCUGCUACAGGAGAGCUCAAAACAUGGGCCGUAAAUUCGUGUCUCACAUUGCUGAACACUUGCACCGACUUGGAGAUCACAACCUGUGAAGGCAUCGGCAAUAAGCGCGAUGGCUAUCAUCCCAUACAAAACCGCUUGGCCAAAAUGAAUGGCACUCAAUGCGGCUUUUGCUCGCCGGGGUUUGUUAUGAACAUGUACAGCUUGAUGGAGGCAAAAAAUGACAAAAUUACCAUGGAAGAGGUGGAAAACUCGUUUGGUGGCAACAUUUGUCGCUGCACCGGAUAUAGGCCAAUUUUGGACGCUAUGAAAUCCUUUGCUUCUGAUAGCAAUAUUCAGGUACCCCAGGAAUGUCUGGAUAUUGAGGAUCUUACGAAAAAGACAUGUCCCAAAAGCGGACAACCUUGUGCUGGUCUAUGUAACAAACCCUUACAGUCGUUGGACUACGAAGAUGGCAGCGCCUGGUAUUGGCCCAAGACACUCAAUGAGUUGUUCGAUGUUCUAUCCAAGAUUGAUUCACAAGAUGAAUACAUGCUUUCCGCUGGCAACACAGCUCACGGUGUCUAUCGCCGAUCUGAAAAUAUUAAACACUUCAUCAACCUCAAUGCUAUUGUUGAUCUAAAGAAGCAUGAACUGUCGAAGGAUAAGUUGUCAUUGGGUGCUAAUCUCAGUCUCACCGAAGCAAUGGACAUUUUUACUGCUGCAGCAAAAGAACCUGGUUUUGAGUAUUGCCAACAACUUUGGCAUCAUUUCGAUUUGAUUGCCAAUGUGCCUGUGAGAAAUACUGGAACCCUUGCCGGCAACAUCAGCAUAAAGAAACAGCAUGAGGAAUUUCCAUCGGAUGUGUUUUUAACUAUGGAGGCCCUUAAUGCUCAAGUCAAAGUCGGCUUCAGUGCCGACAAGCAGCAAACCAUGCCUCUCUGCGACUAUCUCAAGGACAAAACUCCCAAGUCAGUGAUGCUAUCAAUCGAGCUGCCUGCAUAUCCCAAAGACAAGUUUAUUUUCAAGUCGUACAAGAUUAUGCCCAGGGCACAAAACGCCCAUGCAUUUGUGAAUGCCGCUUUUCUCAUGGAGGUCGAACCUUCUACGGGUAAGGUUGGCACUUCUCGCCUUUGUUUUGGUGGUAUACGGCCCGAUUUCGUACAUGCUGCUGCCAUAGAAGAGCUUUUAAAAGGCCAGAGUUUCUACGACAAGGCUGUGGUAGAGAAAAUCUUUACCCAAUUGCCCACCAUACUGCAGCCAAACGAAGUACUUCCCGAUCCUUCACCAGACUAUCGAAGCAAAUUGGCAUGCGGCUUAAUGCUAAAAUGCCUUCUAGAAUGUGCUCCCUCUGAAAAAGUAAAGCCAGAAUUCAAAAGCGGAGGCCCCAUACUGAAGAGGGGGCUCUCCUCGGGUAUUCAGACAUUCAGUUCUCAAAAGAAAUAUUAUCCCGUGUCCCAGCCAGUGGAGAAGAUUGAAGGCUUAAUCCAAUGUUCCGGUGAAGCCACAUACAUGAAUGACACCCUUACUCCACACAAUGCCGUCCAUUGCGCUUUUGUCAAUGCUACGAAAGUGGGUAGCAACAUUGAACAAAUUGAUCCAUCCGAAGCUCUUAAAAUGCCAGGCGUUAUUGCAUUUUACUCUGCUAAGGAUAUUCCGGGAGUCAAUGCCUUCGUCGAUCCCACUUUCGGCUAUGAAAUGGAAGAGCAGUUUGUCUCGAAAACAGUUCGUUACUACGAUCAGCCUUUGGGAAUGAUAGUGGCAUUGAGUAGUGACAUUGCUAAUCGCGCGGUUUCAAAGGUCAAGGUUAUGUACUCGAAUGGGGCAGAAGUAGUGAUGCCUACACUUCCGGAUGUGUUUGACCACAACCAACUAGACCGCAUCCAUAGUGUGGUACCAUCGAAACUGAAGGCCAUUAAGUUGUCCGGUGCAGCUGAUAUAAGUGGCAAGGGUAUUUUCGAUAUGGGCUUGCAGUACCACUUCACUAUGGAACCGCAGACUUGCGUAGCUGUGCCCUUUGAACAAGGUUUGCAAGUGUGGUCCGCCACUCAGUGGAUGGAUCACACCCAAAGUGUGAUUUCAAAAAUGCUUCAACUCAAGGCAGCCGAUGUCCAGUUGAAGGUCAGGCGUCUCGGCGGUGCUUAUGGCUGCAAAAUCACCCGCGGCAACCAAGUGGCAUGCGCCGCAUCGCUUGCAGCCUACAAACUCAACCGACCUGCUCGCUUCGUACAGACCAUUGAGUCGAUGAUGAACAGCAACGGCAAACGUUGGGGAUGCCGUUCGGACUAUGAGUUCCAUGUAAAGGCCAACGGUAAAAUAGUAGGACUAAGGAAUACUUUCUACGAAGACGGUGGCUGUACGCUUAACGAAAAUCCUGUUGGCCCGGAAGGUCACUCUAUACCUUGUGCGAAAAGCUGCUAUGCCUUCACGGCGGACAACUAUAAAUUGGAUGGAAAUGCGGUAGUCACCGACGCCACCAGCUCCACCUGGUGCCGUGCCCCAGGUUCCGUUGAAGGAAUUGCUAUGAUUGAGAAUAUUUUGGAACACAUUGCUUUCGAAGCUCAGAUAGAUCCAGCAGACGCCCGCAUGGUGAACAUAGAGGAUGGCAACAAACUGAAACAGUUGUUACCCCGAUUCAUUGAAUCCACCGAAUAUCGCAAAAGAAGACAGGAGAUUGAUGACUUCAAUUCCAAAAAUCGUUGGUUGAAGAAGGGCCUUGGCAUUGCCAUCAUGGACUAUCCUAUUUAUCUCUUCGGACAAUACCCAGCCACAGUGUCCAUCUAUCAUGCCGACGGAACAGUAGUCAUAUCUCAUGGUGGCAUAGAGAUGGGCCAAGGCAUGAAUACGAAGGUAGCUCAAGUGGCAGCUUUUGUCUUGGGAGUUCCCUUGGAAUACAUUAAAAUAGAGUCCAGCGAUACCAUAAAUGGAGCCAAUUCCAUGGUAACCGGAGGUGCAGUGGGUAGUGAAAGUUUAUGUUUUGCUGUACGCAAGGCUUGUGAGGUCCUUAACAGCCGCUUGCAGCCCAUUAAGGACUCCCUGAAGGCAAAUGCAUCCUGGUUGGAGGUGGUUAAUACUGCCUGGGAGAAAUGCAUCAACAUGAUUGCCAGCGAUCACUACAAGCAGGGUGAUAUGAAGAACUAUUACGUAUAUGGUCUGGCUCUUACCGAAGUGGAGGUGGACAUUUUAACGGGCAAUCAUCUGAUCAAGCGCGUCGAUAUCCUUGAGGAUACCGGCGAAAGUUUAAGCCCCUAUGUGGAUAUUGGCCAAAUAGAAGGUGCUUUUGUCAUGUGCUUGGGCUACUGGCUAACGGAGCAACUCGUUUACGACCGCCAAAAUGGACAACUACUGAGCAAUCGUACAUGGAACUAUAAGCCACCCGGUGCCAAGGACAUACCCAUUGAUUUCCGUAUUGAACUGCUGCAAGGCUCUGCAAAUCCGGCAGGAUUCAUGCGCUCAAAGGCUACCGGUGAGCCCCCUUGUUGUCUGGCGAUUAGUGCGAUUUUCGCCAUACAGCAUGCCAUACAAUCUGCCCGUAAAGAUGCCGGUCUUAAGAGGGAAUGGGUUCGUUUGGGUGCCCCGACAACACCUGAAACAAUUGUCCUAAACGCGGGCAAUGAUGUGACAACCUAUUCGUUGGAAUAGGUUCAAUUUCCCUAGUUGACAUUUUUUUAUACUUUAUUGUUAGACAUUAAGAGGUGGUUGGGAUCUUUGACUGCACUUUUCUACUACAUACCCCAUACACAACCAAUUAUGUAAAAAUAUAUUUUCAUAUAUCCUGAAAUAAACCAACUGUGUGAUAGUAAAACGAAA